AUGGAUUCUUUGGAAUUGGUGACUCUAGCGUUGAAAGAAGCAAGGAUUUGGCAGUCAGCACAAAGAGAGAAAGGGAAGCAGCAGACGCCACAGAAAGGACGUCAGGCACCACCUACUUGCCAUCGUGGUAUGGAGACUCAGUGUUUUGUAGAUGCAGCAUGGAAUGCUGGCACCAGUGGCGGAGGAUUUGGUUGCAUCUUUAAAGACACCACCGGUAGGACUCUCCAACAAUGUUCAUCAAACCGCAGCAAUGUCAGCUCUGCCUUGGUUGCAGAAGCACUAGCGGUUAAAGCUGGCCUGAAGGCAGCAAGGCUAUUGGGUUUGCGCAAACUGGCUAUUCGGUCAGAUUCCAAGUCCCUUAUUAAGGCCAUCAAUACUAAUGAGAAGAUCGUGGAAGCCCAAGGAGUUCUAUUUGAUAUUUAUCAACUAUGUACCUCUUUCACUUCUGUUUCUUUUGAUUUUAUUUCCCGAGACUUCAAUGAGGAUGCAGAUGCUUUAGCUAAGGCCGCACUGCAGAACCUCUCAAACUCUGUUUAA